AUGGCUGAAUCAGGGCGCGCGAUCAAUUCGUCGCAGACAGAAAUCCAUAGGAGACCUUCCAUCAUCUCUUCAAAUACUCCAAAACCAGACCUUAAUAUUGAUGAAAAUAACCAAGCUGAAAGUUCUGAAGCACCAUUAAUAUCAAAUAAUAAUGAGAAUGAUGAUGAUGAUUUAAAGAAAUCAAUUCAUUCUACCACAAAGAAAUUCAUCACACCAACUAUAAUUCAAUUGAUUUUUUGUAUUUUAGGUUGGUAUGUCUUUUCAUUAACAAUUUCAUUAUAUAAUAAAUGGAUGUUUGAUAAAUCAAAAUUAAAUUUACCAUUCCCAAUAUUAAUAACUUCAUUUCAUCAAUUGCUGUUAUCUAUAUUAUCAUUCAUAACAAUCAAAUUGAAACCUUCAAUAAGGCCAAACCAACCAAUUCCAUCAUCAUCUACAUAUGAAGAAAUUGAAGAAAAUCAACAACAAAAUCAAAAUGAAAAUCAAAAAUUUGAUUGGAAAUUUUACCUGGUCCAUAUAUUACCUUGUGCAAUGGCAAGUUCUGGUGAUAUCGGAUCAGGUAAUAUGAGUUUCAGAUUCAUUUCAUUAACCACAUAUACAAUGGUUAAAUCAUCAAGUAUAGCAUUUGUUUUAUUAUUUGGAGUUUUAUUUAAAUUAGAAAAAUUUAGUUUAAAUUUAUUAGGUAUAGUGUUACUUAUGUCAUUUGGUGUUAUGUUAAUGGUUGAUAAUGAUAAAGGGCAAACAUCAGAUUCAGAUUCUGGAUCAAAUCAUUUUUAUUUAGGAUUUGGUUUAGUAUUAAUGAGUAGUUGUAUGAGUGGUCUUAGAUGGGUUUUCACUCAAUUAUUAUUACAUAAAAAUCAACAACAAAAGGGUAAAAAAAAUCCAAUUGUUACUAUAUAUCAAUUAUCUCCUUCAAUGUUUUUAGUUUUAUUUUUGAUUGGAUUAGGUAUCGAAGGGAUGUCAAAUUUCAUUAAUGCAUCAAUUUGGUCAGAAAGAGGUAUUUUGAAAACUUUAAUCUUAUUAUUAUUCCCAGGUUUUUUAGUAUUUUUCAUGACAAUUUUUGAAUUUGCUAUAUUACAAAGAGCUCAAGUUAUUACAUUAAGUAUUGCAGGUAUUCUGAAAGAAUUAUUAACAAUUCUGGUUAGUUCAAUAAUUUUUAAAGAUCGUUUAACAUUUAUAAAUUUUAUUGGUUUACUUAUAACAUUAUUUGAUAUUUUCUGGUAUAAUUAUUAUAGAUAUUUAGAAAGAAUAAGGAAAGAAGAAGAAGAAACAAGAGAAAGAAAUAGAAUUGAAUUGGAGAAUGUUUGA